CUGGUCGCGAAGGUGCUUUCGGCCUGGCGUGAAUGCCGCUAGUUCUCCUUUUGAUCUUUGCUAACCAUGCCCCGCGGACCUCGCCAUCACUUGAAGCGCAUGAGCGCCCCCAAGCACUGGAUGCUUGGCAAGCUCGACGGUAUCUGGGCCCCUCGCCCUUCGUCGGGUCCCCACAAGUUGCGUGAAUGCCUUCCCUUGAUCAUCAUCCUUCGCAACCGCCUGAAGUAUGCUUUGACCAAGCAAGAAGUGACGAUGAUCGCCAUGCAAAAGCUCGUCAAGGUGGACGGCAAGGUGCGCGUCGACCCCAACUACCCUGCUGGGUUCAUGGACGUCGUGGAAAUCCAAAAGUCCGGCGAUGCGUUCCGCUUGUUGUACGACACCAAGGGUCGCUUUGUGAUCCACCGUGUCAACGACGAAGAAAAGAAGUACAAGUUGGCCAAGGUCAUUCGCCAAGAAUUGACCUCCAAGCAAAUCCCGUACAUCGCCACCAGCGACGGACGCACCAUCCGCUACCCUGACCCGCUCAUCAAGGUCAACGACACGGUCAAGAUCGACUUGGAAACCGGCAAGGUCGUGGACUUCCUCAAGUUCGAAACCGGCAACUUGGUCACGAUCACCGGUGGUCGCAACGCCGGUCGCGUCGGUACCUUCCACCAUCUUGAAAGACAUGCUGGUUCGUUCAACAUUGCCCACAUCAAGGACUCGACUGGAGCUGACUUCGCCACGCGUGUCGGUAACGUGUUCGUGAUCGGCAAGGACAACCGCCCGUGGGUGUCGUUGCCUCGCGGCAAGGGCAUCAAGCUCAGCAUCAUCGAAGAAAAGAACUUGCGCGAAACCAAGGCCGCCCAAAAGAACUAAGUGUCUUGCCGGUGUCUCAUGUAGGUAAUCAACCAUCGCUGCAUAAUAAUCAAGGAGAACAUUGAUCAAAUGUACGCUUCCUUGGCAAAGUA